AUUUGAACAGGUGCAUCUUGGUCGUCUGUAAUUCCUUUUUUUUUUUUCGCGGUUGAACAGCGCGGGAGAUGCACGGAGGAAGGCGGUAAGGGACGGUUGUGUAGAGUAAUAGCACCAGUGACUGAUGUAGAGGUAAAUGCCAGCAGCACAGACUUAGUGGAGUACUUAUUAAGUGGAGAACUUAAUAAGGAGAGGCCUUGUCCUAAUGACUUUUCAUCAUGCUCACCUCUUCGGCCCAGAAAAUGUAAAUUUGAAGCUGCUUCCAUCGCAACACCACUUUAUGGAGGAGUCAAACAUCAGCCUGUCCUGCUCAGCUGACUCCAGACCUGCUGUCCAGUUUCAGUGGUUUGUGAAUGGAGACCUGAUGUCUGAUACUGGACCAGAGCUCAGACUGAUGAACAUUCAGGAGAGUCAGAGUGGAAACUACAGCUGUCAGGCCUUUAACUUCAAAACUAUGAGAUCUCAAGCAUCUCAACCUUCAGUCAUAUCUGUACUUGAAAGAAUAUCAGGUGCUUCUAUCACAAAUCAGCCACAUCAGCCAAGUGAAGGGAACUCGACCAAGUUAACCUGUGAGGCUGGUGGCUCGGUCUUCACCAGGAAGUGGAUGAAGGAUGGCUCAGAUCUGAUCCCGACCAAAAACAUGGCCUUUUAUGACGAGAACAAAGUGUUGUCUUUUUGUUCUCUGAAGAAAACAGACAGUGGAGAAUAUUCCUUAACCCUGUCAUCAGUGAUGAAGCCAAAUAUGUUAUGGUUGUUAAUUGUAUGUAACACAUUGUACAUUUACUGUUCAAACACAGGGUGGUAUCAGAUUAUUUUUAUUUUUAUAAACUCUAUGUGUAGGAACGUUUACAUUUUAUAUCACAUAUAAUAUCAAAUUUCAUGAACUGGCUAAAAGCAAUAUGCAUACAUAUACUGUAGGCUGCACAAAUUUGACAUACUCGAAAAAAGAAAAUCAGUCCACACUGUACGUUCUAUAUUGUUUAUAUGUAACAAAUUUAUGAAUCUCACAUCAAUAUUGCUGCUUUAACGAUCCCACAAAUACCUGUUUUUCAGAUGGACCAGAGAAUGUUAAAAUCACAGGUCCAACAAAAGUAUACGUGGACCAGACCUUAGUAAGCUGUUGUACUUCUCUGCUGAGUCCACACCAUCUGCUACUUACACCAGGAUACUGAAUGAGAAAGAGAUACUAUGGGAUUCGUCUGUGUGGAUUAAGGACAAGAGUGAACAGUGGGCAAUACAUCUGUCAAGCAAGAAACUAUGUCACUGGGAGAACAUCUGGAGAACGUAGACUGUGAAUGUACCUGGAAGUCUUUCAGCUGGUUCCAUUGCUGGAAUAGUAAUGGCAUGUUUUGGGGUUACUGGGGCUUUUGGUGGAGCGUUCUACAUUUAUCGUAACAAACUUUUUUCCCCCUAAGGAAGUAGGAAGAAGAACAAGCAAAUUACUAUGGAUUAAUCAUUUGACUUCAUACUGUCGACACAAAACCCUUUGUGUUGAAGCCUGUGUUGUGUGUGUUCUCAUUUUCAUUUGUGAUAAAUUCAGUUUUAUAACUAUAUUCGCAUUAUGUUUAUGACAUGAUUAUAUUUGAAUUUAUUUUAAUUUUUUUUUUGAAGAGGACUUUGACCUGCCAUUCCCUUGAACUACAAGAGAGCAGGGAGCUGAAGGAGGGUAAACUGGACUGAACAAAUAUUGCAAAGCAGGACAGUCCUUACAACAAAAUACAGACCAAACCUGCAACCACAGUAAGACCCCUCUGAGCAAACCCCUGACAGUCAUGCCAUGUUUUUGACAACAUAAAAACAUAAUUCCCCACUGAUGUACUGCAAAAUCUUUUCUUUACCAAUUAAAAGGUUGUUGUGCUCAUAGUUUACAUUAAUGAUCAACAGAGGUGCAGGUGCAAGUAGGUGAUAGUCCCAGAGCUGGGAAAUCACUAAUCACUUCCUCAUACUGCCCACACAUCCUGAAACCAGCGAAGGGAAAGUUAAGGAGAGAACGACAAAACCAUUCUUUUCUUUCUUAUACCUGAUGAUACUGUAGAUGAUAUGGACACAGCUGUGUUGUGUGUCAUCACACUGGGAGUCAUCUCAGGUGUGUCUGAAGGAGCUGGUGUGUUGCCAGAUGAUUCUCUGAAUGCAGCUGUGGGAGGUUCAGUGAUAAUCAGCACAACACUGAGUCCACCAGGAACACCAUUUCUGUCAGUGACCUGGACCGUUGGUGUUAAGGAGAUAAUAACCUCAGCUAUUUCAAACUUCACUGAACCAGAGUAUGAAGGCAGGAUCACCCUCUUCAGAUCUACUGGAUCUCUGGAGCUGAGGAAUUUGACUCUUACUGACAGUGGGGAAUACAGAGUCAGUAUUAUACCAGCUGAUGGAGGAUCUCAGUCAGGACACACCAGACUGGAAAUACAUGUGCCUGUGUCCAAUGUAAGAAUAACUGCCAACAGCACAGACUUGGUGGAGUUCAACAGCUCUGUCAGUCUGUCCUGCUCCUCCUCUGGAUCCUCCCUCUCUUUCCUCUGGCUGAACGGCAGCUCUGAGGUUACAGCCAGUGAGAGAGUUCAGCUCACUGAUGGAAACUCCACUCUGUCUAUAUACAAUGUGACCCGCUAUGACCAGGGACCAUUCAGGUGUCGUGUUUUCAAUCUGGUCAGUGAUGGCACCAGUGGUCCAGUAAACCUCUCUAUCAGCUUCGGCCCGGAAAAUAUAAAUUUGAAGCUGCUUCCAUCAGAAGACCACUAUGAGGAGGGGUCAAACAUCAGCCUGUCCUGCUCAGCUGUCUCCAGACCUGCUGCUCAGUUUCAGUGGUUUGUGAAUGGAGACCUGCUGCCUGAUACUGGACCAGAGCUCAGACUGAUGAACAUUCAGGAGAGUCAGAGUGGAAACUACAGCUGUCAGGCCUUUAACAACGUAACUAUGAGAUAUCAAACAUCUCAAACUUCAGUCAUCUUUGCUCUAAAGAGAAUAUCAGGUGCCUCUGUGAAAUCAUCAACAAACCAGUCAGUUGAGGGAAACUCUGUCAACUUAACCUGUGAAGCUUCUGGCACUAUCUUUACCAGAAAGUGGAGGAAGGAUGGCUCAGAUCUGAUCCUGAAUGACAACAUGAUACUUUACAACAACAACAGAGUGCUGUCUUUCCAACCUCUAAAGAGACCAGACAGUGGAGAAUAUUCCUGUGAUAUCAGCAACCCUGUCAGUAGUGAAGAAGCUAAAUACAGCAUGGUUGUUAACUAUGGACCAGAAAAUGUUCAAAUCAAAGGUCCAAGAGAAAUAACUUUGACACACACCUUAAAAUUAAACUGCUCUGCUGAUUCCACACCAACAGCUAUUUACACCUGGAAAGUGAAUGACACGGAGAUACUCAGCAAUUCUGCUGUGUUCACUAAAAAAGUCACUGAACUUUCUGACAGUGGAAACUACACAUGUGAAGCAACGAAUCAUAUAACUGGGAGAACAUCAUCUGCAGUGCAUGGGUUGUCUGUAACAGAAACACCUGGAGGACUUUCAGCUGGUGCCAUUGCUGCUAUAACAAUAGUCACCUGUUUCAUCGCUGCUGUUGGAGCUGCUGGAGGGUACUGGAUUUUCAAAAAGAAAACGAACAAAAAUCACCAGCCACAUAAAACAAAUGACGAGAGCCUGCACCAACAAAAGAAGAGACACAAUUGUUUGUUUGUUUUUUUAGAACCAAAACAAUUUUUUCCUUUUCCAUUGGGUUUUAUUCUUUUUUUUCUUUUUUUUUUUUUUAAAUAGAAUAGUAAGUUUGAAUACAGGAAACAUAACAGUUAAUGGGUCAGUAAGUAAGCCUUGAAGUUGACACAGUCUCAACAAAGCUGUAUUCUAGUACAUAUGACUUUUCCUCCUUGCAGUAACAGAAAUGUCACUGAAGUGAAAUUUCUUUUUGUGUGAGACUAGGAUGGGCUUUUGAUGACUUUUUGUCUAGUUGAUCAAUCCUCAAAAUCAAAUACUAUAAUAUUAUCAAAGCAGUUUGAUUAUAUGA